AUGAAGGUCAUAAUAGUGAUGUUGCUUGUUACUCUAACAUUCGUGCUGAGAAUGUGAGAAGCCAAGCAUAACGGAUACUGCAUUGGGAAUCAGUGUUUUGCUGUUUUCCAGGAUCCAGACGAUUUUGCAACGGCUCAAAAACAUUGUGAGGACAGCAAUGGACAAUUAAUGACAGUGUAGUUCUUCGGUAUCACAAGACAUAAUUUCGAUUUUACUUGUUAUUACAGGAGAUUUCUGGAUUGGUUUGCAGUUACCGAGUGGACAAUGUCCUGACAGUGCCUCUGACUUACGGGGCUACAGAUGGAUAACGGGAGAUAAUGCAACAGACUUUCAGAACUGGGGAGGCGUUGACGAUGUCUGCUCUUUAAAAUGCCUAUCGAUGUCCAAAGAAGAAUUUAAAUGGUCAGAACAAUCAUGCAAAAGGAGAAUAGAUGGACACCUAUGUAAGUAUAAUUUCCCGAGUGUCUGCAAACCUUUUGACAUCAAAGGCAACGAAUCUGUACUGUAUUAAUUAAUAAUAAUAUGAAUAUGCCAUUUAGCAGACGCUUUUAUCCAAAGCGACUUACAGUCAUGCGUGCAUACAUUUUUGUGUAUGGAUGGUCCCGGGGAUCGAACCCACUACCUUGGCGUUACAAGCGCCGUGCUCUACCAGCUGAGCUACAGAGGACCACUUAUGAGACCCCAUUGGGAUUCGAGGGAGAUGUCCUCCUGGUAUUGCCUAUGCGAAGCAUUGCAACACUCAACCCCCUUGAGACCAAGUACAUCUGUCUCUCUGAACAGUGGAUGCAAGCACCUUGGAAUUGCGAGGUACUGAAAGGUGGUUGUGAGGAUUUGUGCUUACCGAUUAAUCAACAACCUGUAUGCAUCUGCCCACCUGGAAAAUUUAUCCAUUACAAUAAAUGUACAUGUGAAGAUGCGCAAAACGACCCCUGCCUUCAUUUCGGGUGCGCGCAGGUUUGCUACAAGAUAAAUGACAACUCCAUCGCCUGCAUGUGUCACCAUGGGUACGCACUGGCAGAAAAUGGGAAGGAGUGCAAAGACAUUGAUGAUUGUGACGAUGAAAGACAGUGCCGGUGA